AUGGCAGCUUCCGCUCGUCUUCAAAAAGAGCUUGAAAUAAAGUCCAAGCAAGCUUUGGCAACAACCAAAGACCCUCUAGAACGCUUACGUGCCGCAUGCCUAGCACGGGGUGCUCAAGGUAUCAAAGGUCUCUCCAUUUUAUUUAAGAUUAUGGACGAUGAUAAGAACCGAAAGUUAAGCUUAGAAGAAUUUCAAAAGGGUGUUGAAGAUGGAUCUAUCGACUAUGAGGAGUUUUUACGUAAACUACGGCCUCCGAUCAAUAAUUUUCGUCUCGAUCUGAUCGCCAAGGCUUUCGCUAAACUCGAUAAGAAUCACGAUGGGCAAAUCACAGUUGAAGACUUACGUGGCGUUUAUAUCGUGAAAAAUCAUCCUAAGUAUGUGAAUGGCGAAUGGAGCGAAGAUCAAGUUCUGCGACAUUUCCUCGAUUGUUUCGAUUACGGUAAACACAAGGAUGGUAUCGUAACACGUGACGAGUUUGUUGAUUACUAUUCGGGUGUUAGUGCAUCAAUUGAUAACGACAUGUACUUCGACUUGAUGAUGCGAAACUCAUGGAAAAUCUAA